AUGGUUCGUUCGCUGGUCAUCAACCCCCACGAGGACAUGCGGACCUGGCUCAAGUACGCCAGUCUCUGUGGCAAGAGUGGACGUCUGGUGAGUUUACUAGCACAGGAACAGCUAAUGGGUAAAUGGCCAAAUGGUUCAUAAUAGGGAUGUCAGUAAGGGUUAUUUUCUCAACCGGUUAGUCUGCACCAUCAACCAGUUAUCCUUGCAAAAAAGUAUAAAAGCAUGAUUUAAUGCACUCCGUUGUUCAGCUCACGUUUUAUCAAGUGUAAUGUUUCGACCAGGCCUCACAAAGACCUGGACAAAACAUUGCACUCAACAAAACAAAGGGAGCGUUCACCGGUAUCUGGGUAUCGAUUUCUCUGUCAUAAAUGGCUAUAAAAACCCUACAUGAUUUGUGGUGUUUAGUGACCAGCUUGUUGGGCAAUUGGCUUGUAUUUAAUUAAUGUAUUUCCAUUCAGAUACAGCUAUAAGCUGUUGUAUCAGGUUGAGUUCAAGUGAUGUCAUUGUCAAUUGACAUUAGUACAACCAGAAUGGAAUGAAUUUGCUAAAACAAUUCUUUAAAGGUUUUGUGUCAAUCCAAGGGGGAAUCUAUUCUACUGGAUUGGAUUCUGCCGUGCAGGCCCAACAGUGAUGCUUUGGUGCGAAACUCAACUCUCACUGGAACGACUGUGCAAAUGUAACGCACCUCUCAGAAAUCGCACUGUUUAGAAACCGUACCUCAAACCUGUUUAAUAAAAGUGUCACUGUUUUCCCUCCCUGGUGCCAGUUUUAUUGUAAGUGAUUGUAGUGGAUUGCAGGCAGCCGACCAGCUUUCCAAUCGCAACACAACCCUUUCAGAACAUUCCAGUAUGAUGUCAGAGAAUUGUAGCGGUUUUCACUCACAGGAGCGAACAUCAAACGGCGAGCGAAGAACGUGAUUAUGGGCAAACGAGCAACGUCUAAAAGAAUGCCCACACUGUUCUAAAAGGCGGGCCCCUCCACAGGGGUCAGUGGUUAGUUACGCCCUCCACAGUAGUGUGGUAUACUUGAGCUGUUUAUUUAGCAAGAGGUUCAAACAGGCCUGGGGAAACCUGGGGGUCUGUGUACGUCUGUACGUCCAUGGGAGUUGGGAGGGGAUAGGGAAGCUAGGGCAGUGGUUCUCAAACAUUUCCUCUGGACUUCAGACUUUCACAAUAUUGUUGUAGCCCUGAACUAGCAAACCUGAUUCACCUAAUCAAGGUCUUGAUGAUUAGUUGACAAGUUGAAUUAGGUGUGCUAGCUCUGGAAUAGAUCAAAUAUGUGAAAUGGCUGGGGGUCCCUGACUAGAGGUCUGAGUGGGCUGUAGGGGACUGACCUUGAGGUUUCGACCGUUGAACCCCUUUGACAUUUGCUUCCACUUUGGCGCUGCUCUGCGGCUGACACUAUGCUGCUCCUAGCCUUGUGUGUACAGAAUGGUGUUGUGCGUGUGUGAUGUUGAGUAUUAUGACAGAAAUGAUCAAUGUCCAUAAAAACAAAUGAAUCUCUUUUCUCCCAGGCGUUGGCCCACAAGACCCUGGUCCUUCUCCUGGGAGUGGACCCCUCGAAGCAGCUGGACCACCCGCUGCCCACCGUCCACCCCCACGUCACCUACGCCUACAUGAAGUACAUGUGGAAGAGCCAACACAAGGUACAGUAGCUCUACCGUUGUUACAGGGUUUCUCUGCAGCUGAAGGAAAAUGUAGUUUUCUCAAAUUUGUGUAAUGUAAGGAAAUGCAGGGCUGUCAUGUGUAGUAGGUUCAUGAAAUAUUGUGGACCAUUGUGUGUUAGGGAACCAACUGAAAUGAAGAGCAUAAACAUUCCAGGGCAAAAAUGGCAGCAGUGACAAAUGUCACAUCAUUCCAACCACGCCAUUAGUGUGUAAAGGUGUCUGUCUGUGUGUGUGUGGUCAGGGGGACUGGUCUAUAUAUAACCCCCCCCGACCACACACACACCUCCUCCCCCCUCACACACACCCUUCUACCACGUGUUCCAAAGCUUCUGGCUCUCCCAGUGUGGGUCUCAUUAGGGAAGUGUUGGUGCUGCUGGGGCUAAGGCUGGCGUUUACGUAAGUGUGAGCGUGGCGUGCCUGCUGCCCGCCACAGGGCUAUACUAGGGCCAGCUGCAGGAGCCGCUCACAAGGCAGGAAUCUUAAUGACACAUGCAUCCAAGUCCCUGCCAGAGAGGAGCCAUCCAUCCCCCAUCUGGACUCUUUGGACUGGGACUGGAACAACAAGGUCCUGUUCAGUAGGGAGGGAAACGUUUUGAAACAAUUAAACAGUGAGGGAAUACCAGAUGUUAGGUCCAAUAAGAAUGCAGAUUUUAAUUUUCGGUUGCAAAAGGUUUUACGACACCCUGCCCUAUUGAACACUGCGACACCCCCCCCCCCCCCCCCCCCCCCCCCCCCCCCCCCAAUGGAAGGCAAAAGAUUAACACAGUUAAAUAUAAAGAGAAACACAGUUGAAUAUCACUCUUGUCAGAUGGAUGUGCGGGGGCGAUAUCAUAGAGCAUAGGCGACAUUUGUAUUGACAGGAGAGUUGAGUUAAAUCCCCGUUUUUGAAUGAGAGUUCUUUGACCCCCCUGUUGUUCCUCUGUCCCUCAUCAGAUCGAAGCCUUCCAGCACAUGCAGCACUUUGUCCAGGGGAUGCAGCAGCAGGCCCAGCAUGCCAUCGCCGCUGAGGACCAGCAACACAAGCAGGAGCUCCACAAGCUCAUGGCCAGGUCAGGACUCCUACCAUACCUACAUUAGGGAAAAAACUAAUGAACGUCACGCACCCCAUUUGUUAUUGCAGUGUGUGCUUGAAAAAAAUCAGCACACACCUUUUCCCUGCCCUCAUGUUCGCUCUCACCUAAAGGGUCACGUACAGAGAGUUCUGCUCUUUCUCCAUGACUGUGACCCAACCCUGGUCGUCUACUCUUCCACCAUUCCCUCCCUCGCUCCUUGUACUGGCAUUAGUUUUGCAAACCCAGACAAGUUUUCUCUCUUUUCAUUCUGCGUAAUCAGUCACCCCUCAGCCAGCGGGCAUCUAGGAAUCCAGCUACUUAUCUUCAACCAAAUGUGGCAUUGUGCCCACAGGUACCGGAAACCAGGUGUGUCUCUGGCAAGCUCUGUCAGUCAGCACCUGGCUGUGCCUACACCCACACCCCAGCCCAGCGUGUCCCAUACCUGGCCGGGUGUUGCCCUCUGCCUCUUCACCCUGCCUCCUGCCACAUUCUACCAUCUUCACCUGUUCUCUCUGUAAGAAUAGUUGCUGUUUGAAUGUUUUGACACAAAAUGGCUGAAAAAACUACACCUUAAGUGUGCGGAUGCUGAGCACUGGCAGUGGACCAGUAACAUGAACAGCUGGUCCAGGAUCUGUGCUGUGGUAUAGCCUGUGACGUUCAAGGUUAGGACUGGGGAUGGACAAGCUGAAUUGAGAUCAGUUAUGGGCAGAAAGGGACUGGAGGUCUUUCUCUAUUCCUGUUGGAAGCUCUUCCCAUUUGCAACAACACCCUUUUUUGCAACGCUCCCAAUCAGGAAGGCUCGUCGCAUGUAUUUCUAUUUGGUGCUUGUGUAUACUAUCAUCGGAUAAAAAAUGGAAAUACUCCCAUUUUCAGAAUACCUCUGCAAGACAUGAAAGCCUAAGGAAGUUGUUUGUAUGCUCGAUGGGCCCAUGAAAAUACUUCCAGCACGAUCCCCAUUCCCCAAAGCUCUCUCCUUCAUGGGGUGGACUUCAAAUGAGUGCCCAAGGGAAGGGAAUAUCAGAAAUCUCAAAGGGCGAUUAUUUUUUGGGAAAGUUUACUUCUGACACACCAGGUUUUGUGUGUGUUUGUGUGUGAGGUUUUACUCAGUAAAAUGCUGUGUUUCACAUUGGCCUCCAAACAAGCACAAGCAGGGGUAAAAAUAAAAAAAAGUUGAGCUUUAUGGGUUAAAUGUGUUGACACGUUGGUCAGCAGACGAGCCUACUUACAGUAAAACAUACAGUAAAAACACUCAUCUGAGACACGCACACACACACAGGAGACAAGCCUUCUUACCGUAAAACACACAGUAAAACACUCAUCUUAGAGGUACACACACAUAAAUGCACACAUACAUACACACAGUGUUUCAUACCUGCCAUUGCAGGUUCUCGUUGUCUGUGGAAUGUUCGUCUGCACUGUUUUCUUCCAGACAUGCUGACACACUUUCCUGCAAAUGGGUUGGCACUGUGGAAUGGUGCACAUCUGGUCUGUGCAGAAGCACACACCACCAUUCUCCACCCCCAAAAUAAUUCAUUGUAAUUUCAGCGCUAUUUAUUUGCAUGUUACGAGGCAAUGAUCAUGAUAAGACCUGCAACCCUGCAAUCUCCGGUCUGAGUUCCUGUGGUAACCGAGAAGCACUUCUGGCACUAGUCGUUCUCCCAUGCAGACCGUUUUACUGUGUUUUUCUUGAGGAGAAGCGGUUUGUCAGAGGUGAACUGAACCAGUACUGUAUUUUCACAUGGAAAAGCACUCCGCAGCAUUACGCAAUGCUAAUGGAUAAUUUAUUAGAAGUGCUUUCUGGAAACAGUGCAGCGUAUAGUUAGGAGCUGAGGGAUGGAUGGCUGCACAGUACUCGCCAGUUCCUGGUCAGAUGUGUUAUAAACUAAUCACGCGCUUGGCCCAUGUAAAUCAAACACUACUCGAUUAUUUGACGGUUUGCCUCGAGUGUCUGUGUCUUUUAGGAUGAUUGAUAUAGCAAGCACAACCACAGGGAAGACCGACCACGAGGCAAUGUUCCCUCACACUCACCACCGAUAUAAAUUUUUAUUCCAAAACCUUUCAGUAGCUAAUGCGCCGUUGCUUUUAGUAAUGAGGCCUAAGUAUGAUAAAUGUCUUUGCAGGAUUUCCAAGUCUUCCCAUCAUUCUCUUCUAUUUUAAAGGACUGCACUAGUCAGGUCCCUACACUAGAAUGUAAUGGAAAUGUACUGCAUUGAACAUCCAUUGCCAACACCCCCAAGACAACUUGUGAUGACAGUGAGCAUAGUGUAUAAGAUAACUUCCCCAACAUAUUCUUAAAAUUGUUACAACAGAACAGACUUUUCUCAUAGAAAAGUUAAAAGUAGAUUCGGUUAAUAUACAUUUUCUCCAGAGGUGUCCCACAGAUCUUGGCUUUAGGCCUAGGUAAGCAUGUCAGUGGCCAAACAAGGCAAUAGGGGGUAGAGAGGAGUGUGUGGACGGGCCUAGGCUCCUCUGUGGCAUUCGAGAGGGGAGAUGGACUGCCAGGUAACAGCAUGUGGAAAGCAUUCAUCACACUAACAAGUGUAACUGUAAGGGCCUGACUUAGUGUAAGAGCUUCAUCUCACAUACCAGCCCUUAUAGCUGUUGACAUGAGUGUGUGUUGCCAAUGCAAUUCAUCAGACCCUGAUGCAGCCCUGGGCCCGUAUUCACAAAUGUCUCAGAAAAGGAGUGCUGAUCUAGGACCAGGGGCCUCAUUUAUCAACCGUGUGUAAAUUCCAUACUCAAUUCUGUCAUAAGUGGAGAUCCUAGGAUUUGCGUGCGUAACAAAUGAUAUGCAUUUAUCAAACUGUCGCUAGCAACAUGUACGCAUGUUUUCAUUGAUAAAUCAGAGCCAUAUUAUAUUUGUGCGGUCAUGAACAAGCGCUACAACCCCGCCUGGAAAACGCCCUCCUUUCACCUUUUACGUAACAAAAAUGCCUUCAUUUGCUGUAUGAUUUGGAGAUGUUGGAACUGGGCCAUGAUUGUUUCUAAAAGAAAACGCAAUGGCAAAUUUUAUCACAUUUCUGUAGAGGAGUGGACAGAAUGUUGCAGUGACUUUUCCAAACAAAAAAGACAUGCUGUCUAGCAAGUGCUAAACACUGGCCGCACAUUCUGCAAGAUUGAUUGUCCAUUCGACCAAUUUAAAUGUAAAUCCUACAGCCCACACUUCUAUGCAAAUACAUGAUUGUGUUUCUAUCUCCUGCCUUGGUAUAGGCUCUGAAAUUAAAUAGGCUAGGCUAUGAUGUCGUGCUCCUAAUCCUAUAGCACAGCACUACUGUAGCCUGACCAUACUGUCACAGUCAAGGCUACCGGUCUAUUUAUUUUUGAGCAUGCUUGGCUAUUGAAUUAGCGAUUGAUAAAUGAUAGCCUACUAUUUGUUGUGUAGUGGGAAUCAUUUAAACCAAUUAUGUCAGAAAAGGAGAGACAUGUCCUGCAAUAUGAUAAUGAUGUAGGCCUAUAUAACACAAUUUAAAAUACCAACGGCAAAUGUAUCUUUUAUCACUAGGCCUAGGUUUUGGUUUUAUUAUUAUUAUUAUCCUUCCUGUGCAUCAAACACCUCCCAUUUCCCCCAAAGGAACAAUCAGCCUAUUUGCUUGCUAUAGGGUUGAUCAACCUUCUUGUGAUUUGCGUGGAGAUACGCACACUUUCCUGUCAAGUUCAACGUUUAUAAAUACCAACCUUUGCGGGAAAACUGUCGCAUGCAGGUUUUAGAGUAUUUUUUGUACUCACUCAACUUGAUAAAUGAGGCCCCAGGUACCCAGUGUCCAUAUUAAGGGUAUCAGAGUAGGAGUGCUGAUUUAGGAUCAGUUUUUCCUUUUUAGAUCACAAACAAAUAAGAUUACAUGGAUAGAAGGGGACCAGAUUCUAGAUCAGCGCUCCUACUCUGAGAUGCUUCAUGAGCGUAGCCCGUAUUCUGCUGACGAUCUAUAUAGUGACCACGACUGUUUCUCUCCCUAUCCCUCUCUCUCUUCCUCCAUCCCUCCUUCCCUGCCUUCCUAGGUGCUUCCUGAAGCUGGGUGAAUGGCAGCUCAGUCUGCAGGGCAUUAACGAGAGCACCAUCCCCAAAGUGCUGCAGUACUAUAACCACUCCACGGAGCACGACCGCAACUGGUACAAGGUCAGUGACCCACUCACCUCCAACCCCUGUCACUCCCAUCAGCAUUCAUGCUGUGGACCUCAUGCUGACUCCUCCAUUUACUUAACAUAAGGUUUGUAUGUUAUUAGAGACAUGAGUUGAUUUGAAAGGAACCAAGGGCACCUUUGGGCUUGUAUAGGCCCAUGCCCAGACUCCAGGAAAGCCAUGCUCUUCCUCUACUGAGUGCCCCCCUUCCUCACAUCUCUCAGUAGCUCAUUACAUAACAACCAAGAACAUGACAGACAUCUGUUUAGACCCAGAACAUUCCCCAGAGGGCCGGACUCCUCCAGGACAUCUCACAUAGCCAAUUAUUUUCCAGUUUACUGAAGGAUAACGGACUGGAAGUUGAUGUGAUAAGUGCGAUAACAUAAGUUCAAACAUAUGUUUCGACAUGUAGACUUGUCAUUCUAUAUCUUCGAAUAAAAUGUUUUAAAUAUAUAUAUUUGUUCACCUGGCAUACCUUUUUCCGCAGGCCUGGCACGCAUGGGCGGUGAUGAACUUUGAGGCGGUGCUGCACUACAAGCACCAGAACCAGGGCCGGGAUGAAAAGAAGAAGAAGCGCCACAUCAGUGGUGCAAGUGCAAACAGCGAGGCCAGCAACAGCGACAGCGAGGUAGACAGCACAGAGCACAGCCCUGUGCCCUCGCCGGGCCAGAAGAAGGCCAACGAGGUGAGGGCGGCGGCCAUCUUAGAUUCUCCUUCACCAUACUCGUCCCCUAACGCUAACCAGCCCUUUCACUAUUCACUACCAGACAAAUUUCUAACUAACUUGACAGACCUGUGUGGAACUUCAAAUGUUGCCUAAAUCACAAGAUUAUGUCAGUGGGAGACAUUGAGAGAAUGUGUGAGUUAGGAUUUGUGACUCACUGGGACUAAGAGACAAAGGAGCAACUUGGUCUUUUGACUAUGACUGAAUGCCUUGCUUGCUGAAAUCAAGGUACAAUCAAUCUUCCUCUUCCUCAUUCUCUCUCUGUUGUUUGGCGAGUGCAGGACCUCUCCAAGACGUUACUCCUCUACACUGUUCCUGCAGUCCAGGGCUUCUUCCGCUCCAUCUCCCUCUCCAGAGGGAACAACCUCCAGGACACCCUCAGGUGAGUCCCCACAUGGGGCCAGGGCCUGUAUUCACAAAGCAUCUUAAAAGUAUGAGUACUGAUCUAGGAUCCGUUUUCCCUUUUAGAUCAUAAUGAAUAAGAUUAUAUGGACAGGGGGCACCUGAUUCUAGAUCAGAACUCCUACUCUGAGAUGCCCAGAAGUCUGAAAGCCCAAACAGACAACACUGAUAGACGCUGAGUUGAAAUAUGUGGAGAGGAAGCCCACUGGUGGCAGAGAGAAGAACUCCAAUUCCAAUUUGUGUUGUUGCACGCAUUACAUUGCUUGGUGUCGUUGAAAAUGAGGUUUGAAAUUCAGGGAAACUCUGGUUGUUUUUUUCGUCUGAACCUGUCAAUAAAGAUGCAAUAGAUGCAAGAGACUGGUUUUGACAUGAUGCGGUUUUCUUUCUCCAGGGUCCUGACCCUCUGGUUUGACUAUGGACACUGGCCUGAAGUCAAUGAGGCACUGGUGGAGGGUAUCAAAACCAUUCAGAUAGACACCUGGCUACAGGUACACAUCUCACAUGCACGUUUUUUGGUUUGCUUUUAUUGUUCUGUCUAUUGUGAUAAGGGUGAAUUAUUCCCAAGGGCAAGGUUGGUUUUGGGCCAUGAAUCAUCCAUAAAAUAGUCAUUCAACCAAGUCUUACAGGACGACAGUAACUGAAUAGUAAUGCCACAUUGCAUUGCUCCGGGAUAUUAACAAAAUUAAGUCUCCCUAUCUUGCCCCCACGCCUGCAGGUGAUCCCCCAGCUGAUUGCCCGCAUCGACACACCCCGUGCUCUGGUUGGCCGCCUCAUCCACCAGCUGCUCACCGAUAUUGGGCGCUACCACCCCCAGGUAAUGGCAUACUGCUGGCACCCAGGCUAGGAGCGAUGGCCAAGGACACAUAUCUCUGAACUAGUACUGCAUUGAUUAACUCUCCCUCCCUCUCUCUCUCUCUCGCCCUCUCCCCUCUUCUAGGCUUUGAUCUAUCCGUUGACCGUGGCCUCCAAGUCAACCACCACUGCCCGCCACAAUGCUGCUAACAAGAUCCUCAAGAACAUGUGUGAGCACUGCAACACACUGGUCCAGCAGGCCAUCAUGGUACGUGAUGCCUGUCGGUGUACACACUCUACCUCACAGUACAGCAACAAGUGGUUACAGUCUGUUUUACCAUUUAGACAUACAGAGCCUUCAGAAAGUAUUCACACCCCUUGACUUAUUCUACAUUUUGUUGUGUUACAACCUGAAUUUAAAAUGGAUUAAAUUGAGAUGUUUUGUCACUGCAUACACAAAAUACCCCAUAAUGUGAAAGUGGAAUUAUGUUUUUAGAAAUUAAUAAAAAAUUAAAAGCUGGCCUCCCGAGUGGCACAGCGGUCUAAGGCACUGCAUCGCCGUGCUAGAGGUGUCACUACAGACCCGGGUUCGAUCCCAUGAGGUGGCGCACAAUUGGCCCAGUGUCGUCCGGGUUAGGGGAGGGUUUGGGCGGCCGCAAUGUCCUUGUCCCAUCGCGCUCUAGCGACUCCUGUGGUGGGCCGGGCGCAUGCACGCUGACCUCAGUCGCCAGUUGUACGGUGUUUUCUCUGACACAUUGGUGCGGCUGGCUUCCGGGUUAAGCGAGCAGUGUGUCAAGAAGCAGUGCGGCUUGGCAGGGCCAUGUUUCGGAGGACGCAUGGCUCUCGACCUUCGCCUCUCCCGAGUCUGUACGGGAGUUGCAGCGAUGGGACAAGACUGUAACUACCAAUUGGAUAUCACGAAAUUGGGGAGAAAAAGGGGUAAAAAGUACAACAACAACAAAAUAUUAAAAACUGAAAGGUCUUGAGUCAAUAAGUAUUCAACCCCUAAAUAUGUUCAGGAGUAAAACAUUUACUUAACAAGUCACAUAAUAAGUUCAGAGGUUUCAAUCUGUGUGUAAUAAUAGUGUUUAACAUUGGUAGAUGGGUAAUAAGGCAUAGAAUAUCCCUUUGAGCAUGGUGAAGUCAUUAAUUACAAUUUGGAUGAUGUAUCAAUACACCCAGUCACUACAAAGAUACAGGCGUCCUUCUUAACUCAGUUGCCGGAGAGGACGGAAACCGCUCAGGGAUUUCACCAUGAGGCCAAUGGUGACUUUAAAACAGUUACAAAGUUUAAUGGCUGUAAUAGGAGAAAACUGAGGAUGGAUCAACAAUAUUGUAGUUACUCCACAAUACUAACCUAAUUGACAGAGGGAAAAGAAGGAAGCCUGUAUUCCAAAACAUGCAUCCUGUUUGCAACAAGGCACUAAAGUAAUACUGCAAAAAAUACAAACAGAAUACAAAGUGUUAUGUUUAGGGCAAAUCCAAUACAACACAUUACUGAGUACCACUCUCCAUAUUUUCAAGCAUAGUGGUGGCUGCAUCAUGUUAUGGGCAUGCUUGUAAUUGUUAAGGACUUUGGAGUUUUUCAGGAUAUAAAGGAAACGGAAUGGAGCUAUGCACAGGCAAAAUCCUAGAGGAAAACCUGGUUCAGUCUGCUUUCCACCAGACACUGGGAGAUGAAUUCACCUUUCAGCAGGACAAUAACCUUAAAACACAAGGCCAAAUCUACACUGGAGUUGCUUACCAAGAAGACAGUGAAUGUUCCUGAGUGGCCGAGUUACGGUUUUUACUAAAUCUACUUGAAAAUCUAUGGCAAGACCUGAAAAUGGUUAUCUAGCAAUGAUCAACAACGAAUGUUGCACAAUCCAGGUGUGGAAAGCUCUUUGAGACUUACCCAGAAAGUCUCACAGCUGUAUUUGCUGCCAAACGUGCUUCUACAAAGUAUUGACUCAGGGAUGUGAAUACUUAUGGUAAUGAUAUAUUUCUGUAUUUCAUUUUCAAUAAAUCUGAAUUAUUUUCUAAAAACAUGUUUUGACUUUGUCAUUAUGGGGUGUUGUGUGUAAAAAAAAAAAAAAAUUUAAUACAUUUUGAAUUCAGGCUGUAACACAACAAGAUGUGGAAUAAGUCAAGGGGUAUGGAUACUUUCUGAAGCCACUGUAUCAGCACUGUAUGUAUCUCGUCCGUCCGUCCCCCGUCCCCUGUCCCCCCAUUUGAAGAAAUCAUAAGAAGGCCUUAAAUCCAGAAUGUUAAUGUAUCCUGUUUCCGAAGGCCUGAGUCACUUCCUGUCUCCCCAGGUGAGCGAGGAGCUGAUCCGGGUGGCCAUUCUGUGGCACGAGAUGUGGCACGAGGGACUGGAGGAGGCCUCCCGCCUCUACUUUGGCGAGCGUAAUGUCAAGGGCAUGUUCGCCGUGCUGGAGCCCCUUCACGCCAUGAUGGAGAGGGGCCCGCAGACCCUCAAAGAGACCUCCUUCAACCAGGUCCGUCUUUGUAUUCUUUUGUCUUUUUUAAAGUUAUGUUUGUAGUCGUCCUAAUGUAUUUUGUCUUAUUUUUAACAUUUCAUUUACCAAGUUACAAUGAUUGACAAAUGUGCGCGUAUCUUGUAACUUUGCAUAAAUCACAUGUACAGUCGUGGUCAAAAGUUUUGAGAAUGACACAAAUACUAAUUUUCACAAAGUCUGCUGCCUCAGUUUUGAUGAUGGCAAUUUGCAUAUACUCCAGAAUGUCAUGAAGAGUGAUCAGAUGAAUUGCAAUUAAUUGCAAAGUCCCUCUUUGCCAUGAAAAUGAACUUAAUCCCCAAAAAACAUUUCCACUGCAUUUCAGCCCUGCCACAAAAGGACCAGCUGACAUCAUGUCAGUGAUUCUCUCGUUAACACAGGUGAGAGUGUUGACGAGGACAAGGCUGGAGAUCACUCUGUCAUACUGAUUGAGUUAGAAUAACAGACUGGAAGCUUUAAAAGGAGGGUGGUGCUUGAAAUCAUUGUUCUUCCUCUGUUAACCAUGGUUACCUGCAAGGAAACACAUGCCGUCAUCAUUACUUUGCACAAAAAGUGCUUCACAGGCAAGGAUAUUGCUGCUAGUAAGAUUGCACCUAAAUCAACCAUUUAUCGGAUCAUCAAGAACUUCAAGGAGAGAGGUUCAAUUGUUGUGAAGAAGGCGUCAGGGCGCCCAAGAAAGUCCAGCAAGCGCCAGGACCGUCUCCUAAAGUUGAUUCAGCUGCGGAAUCGGGGCACCACCAGUGCAGAGCUUGCUCAGGAAUGGCAGCAGGCAGGUGUGAGGGCAUCUGCACGCAAAGUGUGGCGAAGACUUUUGGAGGAUGGCCUGGUGUCAAGAAGGGCAGCAAAGAAGCCACUUCUCUCCAGGAAAAACAUCAGGGACAGACUGAUAUUCUGCAAAAGGUACAGGGAUUGGACUGCUGAGGACUGGGGUAAAGUCAUUUUCUCUGAUGAAUCCCCUUUCCGAUUUUUUGAGGCAUCCGGAAAACACCUUGUCCGGAGAAGACAAGGUGAGCGCUACCAUCAGUCCUGUGUCAUGCCAACAGUAAAGCAUCCUGAGACCAUUCAUGUGUGGGGUUGCUUCUCAGCCAAGGGAGUGGGCUCACUCACAUUUUUGCCUAAGAACACAGCCAUGAAUAAAGAAUGGUACCAACACAUCCUCCGAGAGCAACUUCUCCCAACCAUCCAAGAACAGUUUAGUGACGACCAAUGCCUUUUCCAGCAUGAUGGAGCACCUUGCCAUAAGGCAAAAGUGAUAACUAAGUGGCUCGGGGAACAAAACAUCGACAUUUUGGGUCCAUGGCCAGGAAACUCCCCAGACCUUAAUCCCAUUGAGAACUUGUGGUCGAUCCUCAAGAGGCGGGUGACAAACAAAAACCCACAAAUUCUGACAAACUCCAAACAUUGAUUAUGCAAGAAUGGGCUGCCAUCAGUCAGGAUGUGGCCCAGAAGUUAAUUGACAGCAUGCCAGGGCGGAUUGCAGAGGUCUUGAAAAAGAAGGGUCAACACUGCAAAUAUUCACUCUUUGCAUAAACUUAAUGUAAUUGUCAAUAAAAGCCUUUGACACUUAUGGAAUGCUUGUAAUUAUACUUCAGUAUACCAUAGUAACAUUUGACAAAAAUAUCUCAUAACACUGAAGCAGCGAACUUUGUGAAGACCAAUACUUGUGUCAUUCUCAAAACAUUUGACCACGACUGUAGAUGUCAAUUGGAGACAUUGAGGAAAUGUUUGAGUUGAUAGUUAGGAUUUGUCCCUCAGUCAAAUGACCAAUUGACAAUGAUGUGUAGUGCUCUUUGACCUGGAUUAUAGGUAAAUGGCUGGACAGGUGAAGUGAAUUGGCUGUGGUUCUAUGUGUUAUGACAGGCCUACGGGAGGGACCUCAUGGAGGCCCAGGAUUGGUGCAGGAAGUACAUGCGCUCGGGAAACGUGAAGGACCUGACCCAAGCAUGGGACCUUUACUACCACGUUUUCAGACGGAUCUCUAAGCAGCUACCACAGGUGAGAGAAGAACACCAACCUACUCACACUCUGUUCAAGUCAGUUUGGGCUGCCUCCUAACUCAACACUACUGUGUGUAGCUAACGUAAAUCCUACACUGAGGUCAAUUGGAGACCUGCUUAGUCUGAACAUAAGAAUCUCUCUCAUCUUCGGAUUCAGCCCUUAGUUGGUUGUGCCAGUUGAAACAGUAAAGCAUUCAGUGAAAAGAGUCAAGUUGGCAUACAACCAGUUAUGUGUGGGUACUGUACAUUGCUACAUUCACAUCUUUCAUCAGAGCUAUGAGAUGUUAUUUUGCUACUCUUGUUAAGGCCCACAUUAAUUUACCCUGUGACACUGUAAGCUGAUAUAUCUAGGUCAUGUCAGCAUCCUAAAACAAUGCAACCCAUUCAGCGAUGAUCCUGAAGUGGCUGUUAGUGGAAAAUAAAUAGAGCUUCCUAGAUGUUGCGUCUGUCUCCGUUGUUGUUCCAGGUUAAGCCAAAUGUCUUCUCAUCACUACAGUAUUUCACUGUAAUAGGCCAACAAUAGCAAAACUCCUUCAGAGUCAAAGGAAAAGACUACACCCGUGUGCUAAACAGGGACAGUAUUGUAUCCUUUAUUUAUACAGGUGAACCCAUUGAGAUUAAGACACCUUUUCUAGGAGGACCUGUCCAGACAGAGCAAGAGCGAAAGAGAGCGACGGUUAAAGUGGUGACAGUGAAAGAUGGAGUGAGAGACUGAAAGAGGCAGAUUGACUGGGGGAACACGACACAAUGAACCCUUUCAUCUGCCAGUAAUCUGAUCUCCCUCUCUCUCCCCUCAUCUAUCCAUUAUUUGAUCCAUUGAUCCAUCCCUCUCCCAUCCAUUCCUUCCUGUGUCCCCAGCUGACCUCCUUGGAGCUGCAGUACGUGUCCCCCAAGCUGCUGAUGUGCAGGGACCUGGAGCUGGCCGUGCCGGGGACCUACGACCCCAACCAGCCCAUCAUCCGCAUCCAGUCCAUCGCCCCCUCGCUGCAGGUCAUCACCUCCAAGCAGCGGCCCCGUAAACUCACCAUCAUGGGUAAGACAACCACAUCACCUCCAAACAAUGCCCCCGCAGACUCACUUACAUGGGUAAGACAACCAACCACGAGGCCAACAAUAUAUUAUAUUUUGUUGGUCUUUUAUUUAUCCUAAAUUUGAGCAGGGGGUUCCAUUGGAUUGAGUGGUACUGUGAUAUUUAUGAAGAAAUUCAGUAUAUAGUAGCUACUUCUGUUUCAGAUGUACAGUAUCUCACAAAAGUGAGUACACCCCUCACAUUUUUGUAAAUAUUUGAGUAUAUCUUUUCAUGUGACAACACUGAAGAAGUGACACUUUGCUACAAUGUAAAGUAGUGAGUGUACAGCUUGUAUAACAGUGUAAAUUUGCUGUCCCCUCAAAAUAACUCAACACACAGCCAUUAAUGUCUAAACCGCUGGCAACAAAAGUGAGUACACCCCGAAGUGAACAUUUCCAAAUUGGGCCCAAUUAGCCAUUUUCCCUCCCCGGUUUCAUGUGACUCGUUAGUGUUACAAGGUCUCAGGUGUGAAUGGGGAGUAGGUGUGUUAAAUUUGGUGUCAUCGCUCUCACAUUCCCUCAUACUGGUUACUGGAAGUUCAACAUGGCACCUCAUGGCAAAGAACUCUCUGAGGAUCUGAAAAAAAGAAUUGUUGCUCUACAUAAAGAUGGCCUGGGCUAUAAGAAGAUUGCCAAGACCCUGAAACUGAGCUGCAGCACGGUGGCCAAGACCAUACAGCGGUUUAACAGGACAGGUUCCACUCAGAACAGGCCUCGCCAUGGUCGACCAAAGAAGUUGAGUGCACGUGCUCAGCGUAAUAUCCAGAACUUGUCUUUGGGAAAUAUACGUAUGAGUGCUGCCAGCAUUGCUGCAGAGGUUGAAGGGGUGGGGGGUCAGCCUGUCAGUGCUCAGACCAUACGCCGCACACUGCAUCAAAUUGGUCUGCAUGGCUGUCGUCCCAGAAGGAAGCCUCUUCUAAAGAUGAUGCACAAGAAAGCCCGCAAACAGUUUGCUGAAGACAAGCAGACUAAGGACAUGGAUUACUGGAACCAUGUCCUGUGGUCUGAUGAGACCAAGAUAGUGGUCCCCUGUAGCUCAGUUGGUAGAGCAUGGCGCUUGCAACACCAGGGUUGUGGGUUCGUUUCCCACGGGGGGGCAUUAUGAAAAUGUAUGCACUCACUGACUGUAAGUCGCUCUGGAUAAGAGCGUCUGCUAAAUGACUAAAAUGUAAAUGUAAAUGUAAUAAACGUAUUUGGUUCAGAUGGUGUCAAGCGUGUGUGGCGGCAACCAGGUGAGGAGUACAAAGACAAGUGUGUCUUGCCUACAGUCAAGCAUGGUGGUGGGAGUGUCAUGGUCUGGGGCUGCAUGACGGCUGCCGGCACUGGGGAGCUACAGUUCAUUGAGGGAACCAUGAAUGCCAACAUGUACUAUGACAUACUGAAGCAGAGCAUGAUCCCCUCCCUUCGGAGACUGGGCCGCAGGGCAGUAUUCCAACAUGAUACCGACACCAAACACACCUCCAAGACGACCACUGCCUUGCUAAAGAAGCUGAGGGUAAAGGUGAUGGACUGGCCAAGCAUGUCUCCAGACCUAAACCCUAUUGAGCAUCUGUGGGGCAUCCUCAAACGGAAGGUGGAGGAGUGCAAGGUCUCUAACAUCCACCAGCUCCGUGAUGUCGUCAUGGAGGAGUGGAAGAGGACUCCAGUGGCAAUCUGUGAAGCUCUGGUGAACUCCAUGCCCAAGAGGGCUAAGGCAGUGCUGGGAAAUUAUGGUGGCCACAAAAAAUAUUGACACUUUGGGCCCAAUUUGGAUAUUUUCACUUAGGGGUGUACUCACUUUUGUUGCCAGCGGUUUAGACAUUAAUGGCUGUGUGUUGUGUUAUUUUGAGGGGACAGCAAAUGUACACUGUUAUACAAGCUGUACACUCACUACUUUACAUUGUAGCAAAGUGUCAUUUCUUCAGUGUUGUCACAUGAAAAGAUAUACUCAAAUAUUUACAAAAAUAUGAGGGGUGUACUCACUUUUGUGAGAUACUGUAUUUUUUAUCUAUUCGAUAAUGAACUGCUUUGUUCUUAUGUCUUUUAAUACUACAUAACCGACCUGCUGUCGUACUUAAGAAUAUGCUCAUUCUAAAGCAUAUGCCCUGCAGCAACUUGAGUCACAUAAUCACCUUACUGUGUCCAUUACACCCAUAGAAAUAAGAAUGAAUAGAAAGGGCGUCUCCAUUCAAAUCAAUGAUGAUGGCACAAUGGGUGGACUGGCAGCCAUUUUGAGUGUACCAAUGCAAGGAAGUAAAAACAGGAAGUGUACCCUUUAAUCUGUGCUGUGAUUUGUUGAGUCAUCUCAACUGGCAUUACAAAAAAUGUAUUCCAUUGUCAUGUGCCACAUCAGUUAGCAUCAUUUGAAUGAACAUUCUACAUUACCAUGGCAAUUCAGCAUCAGUUGAUAGAAUAUUCAGAAAUACCAUGGAAAUUAUUGUGUCAUAAUACCAGGCAGCCAUUGCGAGGGUACCGAUAAGUUUAGCAGUCAAUUGCCAGUGCUUCCAAGCCCAUUCUAUUAAUUCUUAUUUCUAUGAUUACACCCACCAUUUACCAUUAACGGGAAUUAAUCAAGAGUGAAUAGUAUUAGUGGGGACAGUGGACUACAGACCCAUUGUCCUAGUGCGUCCACUGGGAGAAUUGGCUAACUACACAAGUAUGACCAUCAUAGUAGUAGGGGUAUUCAAUUAAAAAUGUUCCCAUUGUUUAAAGAUGAGUGUCUAGGGCUAUCAAACGAUAAUAACAUUUAAUCAAGUUAAUCGCAGGAUUUCCUGUGAUUAAUCUCACAUUUUGAAUUUGCUCAGAUUAAGCUGUAUUAAGAUUUUCAUACAAAAAAUUGUACAAGAAUAUUGACGUCUUGAUUUUGUCUAAAGUAACGGUUAACAAAAUUGGAUACAUUUAACCUCAAUGUCAACUUGUUUUCACAGUGCAUCAUUGUUUUUAGCUGUAUAGAUUCUGUAUUUGGGAUGUUUUUAGUGUAUUUUGAACACUUUCAGACAAUGCGAUUAAUCCAAAUAAAAAAAACGUGUGCACUAAAAUAACAAAAAGUUAACUUGCGUUAACUGAUUAGAGCUCUGACAGCCCUAGAUCGAUGAUAAAUGCAAACAUGCUGUCUUUUGGAGUAACUUACUGAAUCAGAAGUAGAAUCAAUAUGUGGUAUGUGUCAUGGCAUCUAACUGUGUAUAAUGCCUUUAUUAUCCUCUGCAGUUUAGCAAUGUGAUAACUAAGGAUUAUCCCGCAACAGAAUUCCAUCAUAUUAUUUUUUAUCCCACUGCCAUUGUAAAGUGAUAAACAUAAUUUUACACUAAUUCGCAUGCAUAGGAGUUCAGGGGCUGUAUGUAUCAACAAGCGUCUUAGAGCAGGAGUGCUGAUCUACUAUCAGGCCAUGCAAUCUUAUUCAUUACGAUCUAAAAGGCUAAACUGAUCCUAGAUCAAUACUCCUACUCUCAGACGCCAGUUGAAUGAAAGCCACUGUCUGUGAGUUGACCUGUACUGUGGUGUUGUGGUGCCCCCUGCAGGCAGCAAUGGCCAUGAGUUUAUGUUCCUCCUGAAGGGCCAUGAGGACCUGCGGCAGGACGAGAGGGUCAUGCAACUCUUUGGCCUGGUCAACACACUGCUGGCCAAUGACCCAGCCUCUCUACGCAAGAACCUCAGGUAGAUGGGACACAUUUCAAGAUUAAUGGCUGGAUUAUUGCCACUGUGUGUGUGUGAUUUUCGGUGUCUGCUGUGCUUCUGUAAAAAAUAUAAUUUCCCAGUUGAUAACCAAAAUAUCAUUUUCUGUGUUUGUGUGGUGUGUCCCUCUCUCAGCAUCCAGCGCUACGCAGUGAUUCCCCUGUCCACCAACUCUGGUCUAAUUGGCUGGGUGCCUCACUGCGACACCCUCCACGCCCUCAUCAGAGACUACCGCGAGAAGAAGAAGAUCCUGCUCAACAUCGAGCACCGAAUCAUGCUCAGGGUAAGAACCAGUAACGAUCACAUUAGCAGUUCACACAAACCCUGUUCAGAAUGGUCCUUUUCAAACAUGGGGUACACUGAACAGAGCACUUACUAUUACUAACCAUCUUUGAUUAGCCAUGAAGUCAAAGGGAAUAUAUACUUUUAUACACAAAAUAUAAUAUGAAUGUUGUUACUUGUCCACUACUCUUAAAUGUCAACUCUCAAGUCAAAAAAAUAAACAGACAAUAAAUUAUUUAUCCGUGAAUUGAAAAAUCCAUAAACUAUUUGACAAUAAAGUGCUAUUUUACUACCAAAGGUUGUGCCAUCUUGAUGUUGUGGUGUUUGUAUGUUUAUUAGAUGGCUCCAGACUAUGACCACCUGACCCUGAUGGAGAAGGUGGAGGUGUUUGAGCAUGCUGUCAACAACACGGCCGGAGACGACCUGGCCAAGCUGCUGUGGCUGAAGAGCCCCAGCUCUGAGGUAAAACCCUGUUUCCACCCUACAUACAGUUAUCAUAAGACUGACAUACCCCUGUUUACCACCCUACAUACAAAAUCAAAUCAAAUCAAAUGUAUUGGUCACAUACACAUGGUUAGCAGAUGUUAUUGCGAGUGUAGCGAAAUGCUUGUGCUUCUAGUUCCGACAAUGCAGCAAUAUCUAGCAAAUAAUAUCUAACAGUUCUACAACAAAUAACUAAUACACACAAAUCUAAGUAAAGGAAUGGAAAAAGAAUAUAUAAAUAUAUGGAUGUGCAAUGUCAUUGUCAGAGCGGCAUAGGCUAAGAUGCAAUAGAUAGUGUAGAAUACAGUAUAUACAGCUGAAGUCAGAAGUUUACAUACACUUUAGCCAAAUACAUUUAAACUCAGUUUUUCACAAUUCCUGACAUUUAAUCCUAGUAAAAAUUCCCUGUCUUAGGUCAGUUAGGAUCACCACUUUGUUUUAAGAAUGUGAAAUGUCAGAAUAAUAGUAGAGAAUGAUUUAUUUCAGCUUUUAUUUCUUUCAUCACAUUCCCAGUGGGUCAGUUUACAUACACUCAAUUAGUAUUUGGUAGCAUUGCCUUUAAAUUGUUUAACUUGGUUCAAACGUUUUGGGUAGCCUUCAACAAGCUUCCCACAAUAAGUUGGGUGAAUUUUGGCCCAUUCCUCCUGACAGAGCUGGUGUAACGGAGUUAGGGUUGUAGGCCUCCUUUCUCGCACACGCUUUAUCAGUUCUGCCCACACAUUUUCUAUAGGAUUGAGGUCAGGGCUUUGUGAUGGCCACUCCAAUACCUUGACUUUGUUGUCCUUAAGCCAUUUUGCCACAACUUUGGAAGUAUGCUUGGGGUCAUUGUCCAUUUGGAAGUCCCAUUUGCAACCAAGCUUUAACUUCCUGACUGAUGUUUUGAGAUGUUGCUUCAAUAUAUCAACAUAAUUUUCCUUCCUCAUGAUGCCAUCUAUUUUGUGAAGUGCACCAGUCCCUCCUGCAGCAAAGCACCCCCACAGCAUGAUGCUGCCACCCCCAUGCUUCACAGUUGGGAUGGUGUUCUUCGGCUUGCAAGCAUCCCCAUUUUUCCUCCAAAAAUAACGAUGGUCAUUAUGGCCAAACAGUUUUAUUUUAGUUUCAUCAGACAAGAGGACAUUUCUCAAAAAAGUAUGAUCUUUGUCCCCAUUUGCAGUUGCAAACCGUAGUCUGGCUUUUUUAUGGCGGUUUUGGAGCAGUGGCUUCUUCCUUGCUGAGCGGCCUUUCAGGUUAUGUCGAUAUAGGACUCGUUUUACUGUGGAUAUAGAUACUUUUGUACCUGUUUCCUCCAGCAUCUUCACAAGGUCCUUUGCUGUUGUUCUGGGAUUGAUUUGCACCAAAGUACAUUCAUCUCUAGGGGACAGAACGCAUCUCCUUCCUGAGUGGUAUGACGGCUGCGUGGGCCAAUGGUGUUUAUGCUUGCGUACUAUGGUUUUACAGAUAAACGUGGUACCUUCAGGCGUUUGGAAAUUGCUCCCAAGGAUGAACCAGACUUGUGGAGGUCUACAAUUUUUUUUCUGAGGUAUUUGCUGAUUACUUUUGAUUUUCCCAUGAUGUCAAGCAAAGAGGCACUGAGUUUGAAGGUAGGCCUUGAAAUACAUCCACAGGUAUACCUCCAAUUGACUCAAAUGAUGUCAAUUAGCCUAUCAGAAGCUUCUAAAGCCAUGACAUCAUUUUCUGGAAUUUUCCAAGCUGUUUAAAGGCACAGUCAACUUAGUGUAUGUAAACUUCUGACCCACUGGAAUUGUGAUACAGUGAAUUAUAAGUGAAAUAAUCUGUCUGUAAACAAUUGUUGGAAAAAUUACUCGUGUCAUGCACAAAGUAGAUGUCCUAACCGACUUGCCAAAACUAUAAUUUGUCAACAAGAAAUGUGUGGAGUGGUUGAAAAACGUGUUUUAAUGACUCCAACCUAAGUGUAUGUAAACCUCAGACUUCAACGGUACAUAUGAGAUGGGUAAUGCAAGAUAUGUAAACGUUAUUAAAGUGGCAUUAUUAAAGUGACUAGUGUUCCAUUUUUACAGUGGCCAGUGAUUUUCAAGUCUGUAUGUAGGCAGCAGCCUCUCUGUGCUAGUGCUAGCUGUUUAACAGUCUGAUGGCCUUGAGAUAGAAGCUGCUUUUCAGUCUCUCGGUCCCAGCUUUGAUGCACCUGUACUGACCUCGCCUUCUGGAUGAUAGCUUUUUGGCCUUCCUGUGACAUCGGGUGCUGUAGGUGUCCUGGAGAGCAAGUAGUUUGCCCCCGGUGAUGUGUUGUGCAGACCGCACCACCCUCUGGAGAGCCCUGCGGUUGUGGGCGGUGCAGUUGCCGUACCAGGCGGUGAUACAGACCGACAAGAUGCUCUCAAUUGUGCAUCUGUAAAAGUUUGUGAGGGUUUUAGGUGACAGGCCAAAUAUCUUCAGCCUCCUGAGGUUGAAGAGACGCUGUUGCGCCUUCUUCACCACACUGUCUUCUCCACUGCUGUCCCGUCGAUGUGGAUAGGGCGGUACUCCCUCUGCUGUUUCCUGAAGUCCACGAUCAUCUCCUUUGUUUUGUUGACGUUGAGUGAGAGGUUAUUUCCCUUGCCCUCACCUCCUCCCUGUAGGCUGUCUCAUCGUUGUUGGUAAUCGAGCCUACUACUGUUGUGUCGUCUGCAAACUUGAUGAUUGAGUUGGAGGCGUGCAUGGCUACGCAGUCAUGGGUGAACAGGGAGUGCAGUUGUCAUAAGACUGACAUAGCACAUCAUUCGGUGUUAUAGCUAACAACUGACCACUAACCGUACAUAAGGCUGCCAUAAGACUAAUUAAAGGUGGUAUCUGCAACAAUUUAGCAAUCAUUACCUCAUGGUUCUUUGAACGAUGUGGCUCAGAAAUACCUGAAAUAUCUUAGUACUCCUUUCUGUUGCAGGGACGUAAAGUAGUAAUGUUUACGCCUGGUCUUCUUCUCAGGUUUGGUUUGACAGGAGGACCAACUACACACGCUCCCUGGCUGUGAUGUCAAUGGUGGGCUACAUCCUGGGCCUGGGAGACAGGUGAGGCUCUCCACCAAUAAAAGUUCAGGAGUGGUAGCACAUAAGAUGUUUCAAAAGUGAAAUCAUCUUGCUUUGCAGGUGUAUUGGAACAGAUUUAUUGAACAGUUAUUCAACAGAAAGAUUAUGCUAUACACAACAUACAAAGUAUCAAAUUGUUAUUUUCGUUCAUGGGGUCGAAACAUUAGCAUGAAAAUAAAUAUGUGCUCCAGUGUGUAGGCUACCCUCACUCAGUUUCUCUCCAUUUCCUCUACAGGCAUCCAUCCAACUUGAUGUUGGACAGACUAAGUGGCAAGAUCCUCCACAUUGAUUUUGGGGAUUGCUUUGAGGUGAGCAUGGGCCUCCGAUUUACAUGAACCUGACUGAAUGUACACUAUAUAUACAAAAGUAUGUGGACACCCCUUCAAAUUAGUGGAUUCGGCUAUUUCAGCCACACCCGUUGCUGACAGGUAUAUAAAAUCGAGCACACAGCCAUGCAAUCUCCAUAGACAAACAUUGGCAGUAGAAUGGCCUUACUGAAGAGCUCAGUGACUUUCAAUGUGGCACCGUCAUAGGAUGCCAUCUUUGCAACAACUCAGUUCGUAACAUUUCUGCCCUGGUAGAGCUGCCCGGGUCAACUGUAAGUGCUGUUAUUGUGAAGUGGAAACGUCAACGAGCCACAACGGCUCAGACGCAAAGUGGUAGGCCACACAAGCUCACAGAAUGGGACCGGCGAGUGCAAAGCACGUAGUGUGUAAAAAUCGUCUGUCCUCAGUUGCAACACUCACUACCGAGUUCCACACUGCCUCUGGAUGCAACGUCAGCACAAGUACUGUUCUACGGGAACUUCAUGAAAUGGGUUUCCAUGGCCGAGCAGCCGCAAACAAGCCUAAGAUCACCAUGCGCAAUGCCAAGCGUCGGCUGGAGUGGUGUAAAGCUCUCCGCCAUUGGACUCUGGAGCAGUGGAAACGCGUUCUCUGGAGUGAUGAAUCCCACUUCACUAUCUGGCAGUCCGACGGACGAAUCUGGGUUUGGCGGAUGCCAGGAGAACACUACAUGCCCCAAUGCAUAGUGCCAACUGUAAAGUUUGGUGGAGGAGGAAUAAUGGUCUGGGGCAUAUCGUUUUUCAUGGUUCAGGCUAGGCCCCUUAGUUCCAGUGAAGGGAAAUCUUAAAGCAAAAGCAUACAAUGACAUUCAAGAUGAUUCUUUGCUUCCAACUUUGUGGCAACAGUUUGGGGAAGGCCCUUUCCUGUUUCAGCAUGACAAUGCCCCCGUGCACAAAGCGAGGUCCAUACAGAAAUGGUUUGUUGAGAUCAGUGUGGAAGAACUUGACUGGCCUGCACAGAGCCCUAACCUCAACCCCAUCGAACACCUUUUGGAUGAAUUGGAAUGCCGACUGCGAGCCAGGCCUAAUCGCCCAACAUUAGUGCCCGACCUCACUAAUGAUCUUGUGGCUGCAUGGAAGCAAGUCCCCGCAGCAAUAUUCCAACAUCUAGUGGAAAGCCUUCCCAGAAGAGAGUGGAGGCUGUUAUAGCAGCAAAUGGGGGACCAACUCCAUAUUACUGCCCAUGAUUUUGGAAUGAGAUGUUCGACAAGCAGGUGUCCACAUACUUUUGGUCAUGUAGUGUAUCUGUAAACGUUGUCAAUGUUUUCUAAAUGUUUUCCCACUACAGGUUGCCAUGACCAGGGAGAAAUUCCCGGAGAAGAUUCCUUUCAGACUGACAAGAAUGCUGACGAACGCCAUGGAGGUAGGAGGAAGAACUCCCAAUGGUUUUUAAUUGAUAUACUCUUGUCAAUAGUUCACGUUUGCCUCUGUCAUAGAAGCCACUUAAUCCUGCAACUCAAUUGAGGGUUUGCACUGCAGACUUGAGGAGUGAAGCAAAGCAAAGAUUUCCGGCUGGCACCCAGGAUACAAUUAUCUAUCAGAACAGACAAUAAAACUCCCCUCUCUGUUCUGCCAAUCAAUGUCUCCCACCCCCUGUGUGUGUUGGUCAGGUGACAGGGCUGGAUGGGAACUACAGGAUCACAUGUCACACGGUGAUGGAGGUGCUGAGGGAGCACAGGGACAGUGUCAUGGCCGUACUGGAGGCCUUCGUCUACGACCCACUGCUCAACUGGAGACUGAUGGACAGUAAGGAAACCACUCCGAAACACCUCAAAACAUCUUGAAAGUAUCUUAAACACUUAAAUACCUUUAAGACAUCUGAAAAAACGACCUGGCAUACAAUUGAGACCUCUCUCUUUCUUUGUGGUCCACAGCGAACACCAAGGGAAACAAGCGAUCCAGGACCAGAACGGACUCCUAUACUGCUGGACAAUCCGUCGGUGAGUGUGAAACAAGAUGUCCAUUUUGUGUCACUAACAACAUUUGGAAUGUUUCCAGACUGAAUGCAUCUUUCUGUCUGUUGUCCAAUGCAGAAGCGCUGGAGGGGAUCGACCUUGGCGAGACCACACACAAGAAACCAGGAACCACCGUGCCUGAAUCCAUUCAUUCCUUCCGUGAGUCUUUGGCUCAAGCCAGUACUGUAAAAAUGCGUUAGGUUAACAUUCCUAGUAGUUUCUAUGGUGGCUAUGUUUGUUAACACUAGAAAUGCUGGGCCUCGAGGGACCCCACUUCGAGCCAAUGACUUGUCUUUUGGACUUCAACAUUCUAACAGUCUAUUAAAUACAUUUCAUAUGCUAUCGGAAAAAAUAUCAUUUGGUUGUGUUUAUGAAGGUCUUAGGUAACAUUAGAAUAUGAAGAACAUAAUAGCAUUUUCAAUACUUUAUUUUACUGUAGGCUUUAAAAUGAAAAAACACUACAAAUGUUUUCCAUCACAAAGAAAUCUAUUAUAAUUUUGUUUUGGCAUGUCUUAAGAAACAUUAUGGAAAUAAGAAAAUGUAUUUCAAAGAACAGAAUAGCAUAUUUGAUGUUACUAGUCUUUGCUUCGUAGCCUGGGCUAUAUGCUGCCGCAUGCUAACGUGUGGGGCGCAUAGAACAAUGAUUAUUCUUGGAAAAAGUGGUCUUUUGAAAUACAUUUUUUGUUAUUUGGCAAAGAUACGUGUUUUAGAAACUGCUCUUUCUGCUCUGUCUGAUACUAUAUAGAAAUCAAAACGUCUUACCUGAAUCUAAUCUAACUAACUGUAAGAGGAUUUGAAAAAGUUUAUUUUUGGCACUCAGUUUCCCAGCCUCUGUGUCAAUUCCAAGCUGCUCAUCUCUUCAUAUACAAUUUGACAAUUGAUCAUAUUUUCACCCAUCAGACUAUUGUCAAUUUAAUCUUGUCUUUUGGCUAAUGUGUGAAAUUAGUAUCGAUAUAGUUUAGGUGUAAUUUCGAUGGGCCAUCAGCUGCGCAGGCUGACUGGCGAAUUCUGUAUGUGAUAUCUAAAUUUUAACAACAUACCUGUGUUAAAUAUACAUAUUUAGGAUAAGUCAAGGACGGGGGUGAGGGACAUGACUAAAAAUGGCAGAGUAAUUAAAAAUGUAAAUGUGUUUUGUCAACAUGACGCUCUCUGCGCUUCUAGUGUUAAAACACAGCUAUGAAUAGUUGCUGAGUGGCAUGCCUUUGCAAGUUUCUAUUGGUUUGUCUUUCCUCAACCAAGGAUUGUGGUGGAUAUUGGUAUGUGGAAGUACUAUCUUUGCUUGAUGUUGGCCCAAAUGUUUCCUCAAAUGGCUACUGGUACACAUAUUAGUAUGUCAGUCAUCACAAUGUGUUCCUGUCCCAUCAGUUGGAGAUGGCACUGUGCAGCCUGAGGCCCUGAAUAAAAAGGCUAUCCAGAUUAUCAACAGAGUACGAGACAAGCUGACUGGUAAGUCUUUCACUACACAUGUAACUAGAAAUGCUAGGAUAUGCUAGCAUAUUAGCAUUCAUUGACUAAUAUGUGUUGCUUUUCCCCAUCAGGGCGUGAUUUCUCACACGAUGAGACUCUAGACGUGCCAACCCAAGUGGAGCUCCUUAUCAAGCAGGCGACGUCGCACGAGAACCUGUGCCAGUGUUAUAUUGGA